AUGGUUGUGGCCUUCCUGGUGGCGUAUCACCAAAACAAGCAGCUAAUAGGAGAGAAGGGGCUGCUCCCUUGUAAACUGUACCUGCAGAACGUCAAAAAGUAUUUCAAAGGGAAGAUAAACCUGGAUGCUCUGAGCUAUGCGCCAACAAUCAUCUGGUUUCUGGACUGGUCAGACAUGGACAGCAUCUUGGACUACCUCUCCCUGUUUGGCCUGGCAACUUCAGCCUUUGUAUUGGUAACUGGAUGUGCAAACAUGGUCCUCAUGGCUGUCCUGUGGGUCCUUUACCUCUCGUUAGUCAAUGUUGGACAGAUCUGGUAUUCCUUUGGAUGGGAAUCGCAGCUCCUGGAAACAGGGUUCCUGGGGAUAUUCCUCUGCCCUCUCUGGACCCUCUCCCGCCUGCCCCAGCACACGCCUCCUUCCAGCAUCGUCAUCUGGGGAUUUCGGUGGCUGAUUUUCAGGAUCAUGCUUGGAGCGGGGCUGAUUAAAAUUCGAGGAGAUCGCUGCUGGAGAGAGUUAACUUGCAUGGAUUAUCACUACGAGACACAGCCAGUGCCCAACCCCAUCGCCUACUUCAUGCAUCGCUCGCCGUGGUGGUUCCAUCAGUUCGAGACCCUGGUCAAUCACUUCAUCGAGCUGGUGGUGCCGUUCUUUCUCUUCCUGGGACGGCGGAUGUGCAUCGUACAUGGCGUCUUGCAGAUCCUCUUCCAGGUGCUUCUGAUCAUAAGUGGAAACCUGAGUUUCCUCAACUGGCUCACCAUCGUGCCCAGCAUCGCCUGCUUCGACGACGUCAGCCUGGGGUUCCUCUUCAGCUCCAAGCGAGGGGGGGUGAAAGAGCGGGUGGCGCAGAUGCAGCUCAAAGAGGCAGCCGAGGAGCAGCUUCCCCUGCGAUACGGCUGCUACGUCCGCAAAGUGGUGAACAUCUCCUUUGGCCUCCUGAUUGCUUAUCUCAGCAUCCCGGUUGUCCUAAACCUGCUCAACUCCAGACAAGUCAUGAACACCUCGUUCAACCCUCUCAGAAUAGUGAACACCUACGGAGCUUUCGGGAGCAUUACCAAGGAGAGAACAGAAGUCGUCCUUCAGGGGACGUCCAGCCUGGAUCCCAAUGACCCCGCUGCUGUCUGGGAGGAGUAUGACUUCAAAUGCAAGCCUGGGGACUUGAAGAGGAGGCCGUGCUUUAUCACCCCCUACCACUACCGCCUGGACUGGCUUAUGUGGUUCGCUGCCUUCCAGACCUACGAGCAGAAUGAAUGGGUAAUCCACUUGGCUGGGAAGCUGCUGGCCCAGGAAGAAGAGACCUUGUCCUUGAUGGCAACGAACCCAUUUGCAGGCAGAGCACCCCCACGGUGGAUCAGAGGGGAACACUUCAAGUACAAAUUCAGCCGACCUGGGGGAAAGCACGCCAGCGAGGGGAGGUGGUGGAUUCGGAAGAGGAUCGGCCCUUACUUCCCUCCUGUCAACCUCCAGGGCCUGAAGAAGUUUUAUGAAGACAGGAAUUGGCCUUACCCCGUGCGGGACUGAUGGAGAAAGACGAGCAAGGUCAAGAGGGACCGGCUGGAGAAGAGGGAGAGCGGUCAUGUUCCUUCCAAACUACAUGUCUUGCCUCUCUCUGUGUUUUUUAUCCGCAUCCUUGUUUACACAUAUUUUACAGAAGGUUCCCAGCCAACCUGUCCACCUGCUGUUGUGGUCUGGUUUUUCUCAUCUUUCUGUUUCUUUCUGUUCAACCUUCUCACCAUGGCCUUGCCUGAUGGAUUUCUUUUGCCAGGCUGCUCCGUUCGGAAAUCGUCAGCUCUAGAAUUUGGGAAAAAGGUGAACAAAUACUGUGAUUAGUUUUGGGUAGGUGUUAGUGUUGCUUUCCCCAACCCCAUUGCAUUGUGUGAUGGCUGCAGAGGUGCAAGGGGAGAUUUCGGGGCGGUCUCCUGCCUCAGCCGGUGCCCCCCGGGGCUCACAGGUUCCCUGGGAUCUGGCAUCGGGCAGAGCAGCCAAGUCCUGCUCCGCAGCCGGCUCGUGCAGAGCUGAUGCUGGCCCGGCACGGGGCACCGCUCCUCCAUCCCAUUCCAUCCCCACGUGCGCCGCCAGCACUGAGCCAUCAAAGCUGCUUUAUUCCCAGCAUAGCUGUCCCCACACUGCCCUUGCUGUCGCCCUGGGAAGGGCCCGGUCACUGCCUUCUCACUGCAGGUUAAUGACCGGGCUGAGCUACGUGUCCUGCCCGCCAGGCACAGUCCC